UUCCUUGUUAUGAGUUAAAUAAUCGCUUUAUAUAGACUGUUGUAGCUACGGACAGCACGUUAGUUGUAUUAUUAUUAUUAAGCUUGAUCGCACAUUAUAGUUAUCAGCGUGGUUAAUGUUGCUCCGUUAGCCGUUUUGGCUGAACUUUGCGUUGACGUUACUUGCUAAAGUCAGUUUGUCACUCUGGAAAACAUUAACUGGUUAGCUUAACUAGAUUUUUACAUUACCAGGCAACGUAGCAACAAAACAACAGCUGUAUGCGGUUGAAAACGUUAACUAGGAUGGCGGGGGAGAGGAGCGAACAGAGUAUAGUGUCGGAGUACCUGGGCCAGAACCCGCAGCUGGCCCAGUGGGUCGACACUUUCAGGGGCUACUGUGAGAGCAACAAACAGUGGUUUGCCCGGAGAGAGUUCAUCCUCAGAAACAUGGAGGCUUUCCCCACAGUGGAGCAAGGAGUCUCCAACAGCAGUCUGGACAGGCUGCUCUCUCUGUCCAUGGUCUGGGCCAAUCACGUUUUCCUCGGCUGCAGCUAUCCAGCGGCCAUAAUGGACAAGAUCAAGGAGAUGGGUGAAGGCAUCGUCGUCCAAGAUCCUCCAGUUCACAAAACGACUAAAGAGCUCCUGGGCAAAGGAAAGCGGAGCGCCACAACUCAGGGCGACGCCGACAGCUGCCUGAAAAGAGCCAAAUGCGGGCCUAACGAGCUCGACAGCCGACCCGCUGGGAGGACGUCCGCGCGGCCUGUGAGUCAGAAAUCAGGGCCCACUCCGCAGGCUCCGGCAGAGCACCAGCCCUUCUUCAACCGUCUCUACAAGGCCGUGGCCUGGAAGCUGGUGUCGGCGGGGGGCUUCGGUCCCAACUUGGACCACUUUGAAAUCCUCCGCAGCUGCGUUGAGUCGUGUAAACAGACCCUGACCUGCGUGUUCGUCCCGCUGAAGGACAUCACGGGCCUCCCCGCGGGUCGCACGCAGAAGGAAGGCCACGUGUGCGAGAUCCGCUGUCAGACUGUCUACAUGGGCACAGGGUACGGGCGAGACGAGUCCGCCGCCAAAGCCAUGGCUUCCAAAGAGGCCCUGAAAGUGUUUCAGGGCAGAAAAGUGACAGUAAAGAUCUGCAGACGGAGGUACAAAGGGAAAGACGUGGAGGAUUUGAUGUUGUUGGAUGAACAGCCUCGGAGUCAGGGCUUCCCUCCAGCGCUCAGCUACCCUUUUCAAGACGAGCAGCUGGAGGACGGUUCUUUAUAGAGCGAACAAACUGUGACGUUUGCCCUGCUGUGAUGCCCGUCGGGAGCACUGACAGGUGACAUUUACUGAACGGAGCUACUGAAGGGACUCAUGACUGUGUCGGGACCAGACUGUUAUGCAGCUGAACAUCAUAACUAGACUCGGGAAUCAUCGAGUCAUUCAGAGCGUUAUCUAUCAUGAUGCAAUUCCCAUAAAACUGAAACAUCUGGGAUACAUGACCACAUCUGUGUCACACUAACAAGGAAAACAUCCUCCUAAAUCUGCAAAAAAAAAAAAACAAGAAUCAAUCACAUACUGUAUUCAAUACAUUUUCAAGAAAGUUUUAUAGACAACAAGUAGUUUAACAGAGAGUUUGAGCAUAAACUCAUCAUUUAAAAGUUAAAUAGUCAUAAACUGGAAGAGGAUUCAAGCAAAACAAGUUAUGAGUUCAGUUAAAGCAAAGAGAAGCAGCUGCCUCUGUACUGUCAUCGAACAUAUCGCGUUAUAUUGGUGUGAUUAUUUGUCCCAACCUUUUAAAAAAAAUGGAAAAAACUAAUUUGGCCAUCACCUCAUAUCAGGAUUUACCUACAUUCCCCCCUCUGUUCAUUCUCGUCGUCACAGGUUUUGUUCUGGUUGUUUAACUGAGUGUAAAUCACCUGUUUUACUUUG